AACUGAACACAAAAUAAAAAUAUUAAUAUUAAUAUGUAUUUAAAUUAACAACCACCAGAUCAAACAGAGAAAUAAGGCAAAACACAACAUAAAAUUAACCUAAUGAAUUUAGGCUAUAUUAUUAGGAUUAUCUUCACAAUGAACAGGAUAACAUCUUCAGUACAAUGUCUAUUUUUAGAUUUUUUGAACCAUUACACAUAUUUAAUCAAAUGCAACAACAAAAAUACACAUGUUCGAUUAUUAAUUAAAUUACUAAACAAAUGUCCUUUUAAAUGCAGAUUUAGUUUUUUGCAUAAAGCAUUAAACCUACAUUGUAAUAUUUAUCAGCAAAUCAGAAACCAGUCAUGAUAAAGAUUGUAUCAUCAUAAUAACCUGAUCACAAAACGUGUGAAGGAGGUGGACAAAUAAAUCAGUGCAUCUCCAAUAAUAUAUAAAUAGAUUUUAAUAAGAUUUGGACUGAAAGCGGCUCAUAAGAGAGACUGUUCAUGAGCGCGCUGCGCGUUCUCGUGGACAUCUCUGUGAACGAGCCUACAUCGUCUGUGAUUAUUCCCUUUUAUCAUCUCUCCUCCUGAAAAGACAUUAGACAAGGAUAAACCCACACGGUUAUAAGAUGUCAGGAAUAAACCAGCUGGUUGCAACCUGCUGGACUUGCCUCCUGCUCACUGCUUUCCUGUGUGAGCCUGUGCUGUCCAAGGGCGGUCGUGGAGGCUCCCGGGGCUCCUCUCGGGGUUCCUCCUCCCGCAGCUCCACAGCGGGGAAUUACAGGGGCGGGGGCGCUUAUGGUGGGACACGCUCCCGCUACAGGGCGGCAGGGCGCUCGUCCCCAGUGAGGGUCGCAGCAGCAGCAGCAGCAGGAGCAGCCGUGGCUUUAUCAGCCGAUAAAUGGUACGCCUCUGCUUACCGCCGCAGCAAAGCUGAUACCUCAGAGGAGGAGCUGGAUUUCUACAACAGGACCAAUUACUUUGAUGCACUAAUGUCUGGCUCCACUCAAAAUGGAUCUUCUCUCUCUCAACUGGUUUCUAUCAUUAUUGCAACAUUUUCCCCAAAGUUUGGACUCUUAUUGGACAGUUUACUGUAGACUUUCAGGUUGUUGUAUUUUUGAGGAAGAAUCCCUGAUUGGGUCGAAGAUCUGACUACCAUGUGAGGUUCUAGCUGGAAUUUGUUCUGUGAAAACCAGUAAGAGGUGCAACGCAACAUGUCGUGUUAAGACGAAACAAUAAUAACAUCACUGUACUGUAUAUUUUUGCACAUAUAUCAUCCACACCAAACAGACAAAUACAUUACCAGCAAGGUAUUUUACGUGACCUUUCACCCCUCAAAGAGUGCACGUUUGUCAAACCUACGUCAGUCCCUGUGUUAGAAACGUGGGCUUUAAGUCAAGAGUUAGUUUUCUCCCUUAAAGCCUAACUGAGGAAAAUGUUGAAUCAGUCAAAAAUGCCAAUUUACCACUUUCACAUGGCGGCCUUUUUCUUUGACCUCCAGCUCAGGGUUGGAUGGUUAAUGCUGCACUGCUGCAAAUAUUCUAACGAAGGAAAUACGACAAAGCACUAUAUUUGUAUUGCUUCUCGAUCGAUCAGCAAAUGGGAAGACAAAAUAUGGUGAAACCAAGAGACAUCAGGUCUUAUCUUCAAGUAAAACAAACUUGAAAACAGACAGUCAAGUCACAGCAACUAACAUUGGCAUUCAACCAAUUAUAGCUAGCUUAUUGUGCGAUAACGAUAACUAGCUCCACUGCUAACUUGUGGUUGGGGACUUUUCCUUUCUUAUUAUGUUGUGAGUGCUCAUAAAAAGAGGUGGGAAAGCUUUAGCAGAAAAUAAGUAACUUAUGAGAUUCACAAUAUAAAGUGAAAAAAGACAAUAGGUUGUUAAAAAGAGAGAGACAUUAGGCCUCAGGCUCUUCAAGAUUUUAUAACCAAUUAGGUAACAACAGUUACCUUUAAGUUAGCUUCCCAACUCUAUAAUUAGUUAGGAACUUGUGUAUUUCCUUGCGUAUUGUGUCCCUUAAACUAUCAAACAGAAAAAAUUCUGAUUAACCACUUUCACCGGAUGAAAAUGACAGAUAGAUAUUGACAAAGCAGGGCAAUAAUUGAGACAAUACUGAGUUAACUUGGACCAUAUUUUAAGGGAAUACCACAUUUACCAUAAACCAUUAGGUAAUAGCUUAGUUAGAACAGCUAAUCCUAACCUUACUGUUGGCUAGCUACCUCUACUUAGAUUGCCAGUAAUUUGGGCCUUCCCUUGCAUAUUGUCAAGCUAACACUAUGGUAAUGACGCUAAAGUUAGCUUAUGUCCAACAGUAGCAGAUGAGUUACUGAAUAUAAUAUCCUCCCAGAUAUUCAGAUAUUUGCCUAGAAUUGUCUUCUUAGACGCUUGUCAACCCGGAGGCGGUGAAAUGGUAAAGCUUUUUGAGAUAACAUUCUGUUUGGUUUUGCUAACGUUGAACACAGCAGGACGUGGUUAUUGCCGAAAGAAUUUUUACUUCCCUCCCCGGUUGUGACGUCAGACGAAAAUGGCCGCCAUGCGAAUGUGAGCGUUCACAGUAAACUUCAAUAAAAUCUCUGGCUGCCAGUUUAAUUGUAGUGCCAAACUUUACGGCAUCCCAGAAAACGUUUAUUUUUGUAUGAAAACAAUGCAAAAGGAAAUGACCAUUAUUGCUGCUCAGAACAGCUAGAAUUUUUUUUUUUGGACUUGCUGGAGGUCAUGUAGACCAUAGAAGUUCAGGUGACCAAGCAGAGUAAAAGUGCCAAGUUAAAACCAGCAUAACCUCCUGAAACCAAACUGCCAAAUCAUUUAAAAAAUACAAAUUCUCUAUGAUUUUAAUGAUGACAGCCAAAAGGUGAAUCUCUGCCACAAGAAUGGAACUGCAUUUCUCACAACCAUUUCAAAUAUUUUGUACUAUAAACACACUUUCAUAUCACUUAAAAUAACCCUUUGUGUGUUCUCAGACCUUGUACAAAGCCCUUCAUGGCUGGGGAGGACACAAAAAAAAAAAACUGCUGCUCUCAACAUUUUUCGUGUUUUUUAAGGUUUCCACAGUUUUGUCCUGGAGGGGAUUUUUACCUGCAGCAGACACUCAGGAGCAACAGACUGUUCCACAUCAAGUGCACUCUGUUAUACGCUAAAACACCUAUGUACAUAAUAAAGAAUUUGUUAUAAGUGUCUAUAUGCUAAUAAAUAUCCUGUUUACACCAU